AUGGACCGAGCCACACCUCGCUCUAACCCAAACUACGACGUCUACUUCUCCGACGAAAAAAUCAAGACUGUGGUGGAACGAUGUCUUCCUGUUGUCAAGCGCGAGCAGAUGAUCAUCGAGCACCUCCCAUCAGGAAAGUCCUUCAAUAAUCGAAUCUACUUUGUCAAUCUCACUGAGCCAGUUCGCACCUCCCGGCCGGAGUGGAAGGGAAAUGAAGUUGAUGUGACAAAAACGACCACUCAGAUUCAGUCCUCGUUUUUGGUGCUCAAGAUAGCAGGCCACCCUUUUGGACGAAAUAAAGUGCAGAAUGAAGUAGCCAGCCUUCUUCUUUUGGAAAAACAUUGUUCAUCCAUGCCAGCUCCGAAGUUGCUUGCUUGGUCGGAUGACGGCAAGAAGGUCCGAACACCUCAAUACCCCCGCGGCUUCAGAGACACAGAACCCAAAAACAUUCCAGUUUUGGCCCUCAAAGCUGAGGACGGCACCCCAAUCGAGGAUGUUCGCAAGGAUACCGAGGGACAAGGCUGGAUUCUGAUGACACGCGAACCUGGGCGGCCGCUCCAUCCAGACGAGUUGUUGGGGGAUGCCGGAGAUGAGCUGAUGCGCCAAAUCGCUGCAUAUGUGGCUACCUGGCGGAAUGACAUGCCUGCAGCAAAGGCGAUAGGCAAUCUACGAAUUGUUGGGAGCAACUCCACCCCCCAGCCUGCAGCGGUCCUUUACGACAAGGCUAUUCUGCCCGGCUACGAAGUUCACAUCGAUGGGUUGAUCACCAACAACUCUCCACCAUCUCCCUUGACCACAUCGGAGAAGUACCACGCUUUUGUGCUCAAAAAUUCGCUGAAGCGGCUCAAGGAUGGGAAGCUCUAUGAUCACACCUCGGACGAAGUUCACGAGCUGGUGAAGCGCAUGGCUGAUCAGACACUCCCGAAACUCCCAUUGUUCCGCUAUGGGAUUGAACCAAUGAUUUUCACCCACGAUGAUCUUUCCACUCGCAAUGUCCUGGUCUCGCCCGAUGGCUCGGGCGGUGUCAAGGUCUCUGCCAUCAUCGACUUCGAGUUUGCGGGCUUUUUCCCAAAGGAAGAAGAAUUUGCCGGGACGCUUCAAAAUGACCAGGAAGAGUGGCCGCUCAAAAAGUACGCCGUUUUCUUGUCCGAGUUGAAGCACAGCGACGCCCUGCCGGAGAACCUGGCACUCAACAUACCGCCAUCCUCAUCAAUCGGGAACGCCACCGACAAGUGUUUCGAGUUUGGAACCGCCGAGUUUCAACAAGCCGUGCUCCUCUUGCGCACCACAAUCAACACUGCGCCAUGGUGGAUCAAGGAAGAGAAAGGGUACAACGAGGAGCAACUGCAGGAGGAAAUGGAGGCUGCCAAAGUCAGAGUUGAGAAAGCCGUGAAGUGGUUGGAAGAGAUGGUGCCGGCGGAGGAGCGCGAGAAGCGCAACCGCAGGCGGACCAACAGCACACGAGGCUGA